CUCAGCAUCGCCAGCGAGGCGGCAACGUCACGUCACAGCCAUGGCGACCGAGGACGAGCGGUAUCGCCAGUCCAGCCAGUUUCGGCUCUGGUCGUUCGCGCCAGCGAACCUGCAAGACCUCCGCGAAAAGACCAAUUCGCUGGCCAAGCAGCAGAUCACGGCUCGCCUGACGCCGACGCCCGAGUUCCUAACCACCGACGAAGAAGCGCGGCUCGUCAAGUUCUUCACCGUAGAGCUGAUUCGUGCCGCGCAGUUUUGCGAGCUACCGACCGAGAUCCGCUCGACAGCAGCCAUGUUUCUGCGCCGCUUCUACAUCACCAACUCGGUCAUGACUUACCCGCCGACAGAGCUGCUCAAGACGUCGCUUUUCUUUGGUUGCAAGGCCGAGGGCUUCUACAUGCGGCUUGGAAAGCUGGCCGAGAAGUUCCCCAACACGACGAGCGAACAAAUUCUGGCAGGCGAGUUUCUGCUAUGCCAGGGCAUUCGCUUUGCCUUCGAUGUGCGCCACCCAUUCCGGGCGCUCGAGGGCGCCAUUCUGGAGCUGCGAAGACGGCUGCCUGACGAGGAAGCUCGCGUCAACAAGGCGCACGCACGGGCGCGCGAGAUUCUUAAGUUCAGCGCUCUCGUCACAGACGUGUACUUUCACUUUACGCCAAGUCAGAUUAUGAUGGCGGCGCUCCUCAUGGUGGACUCGGGGUUGGUGGACAUUUUGCUGCCCAAGCCAGAGACACCGCAUGACGACAACUCGCCGGUCGCCGCAAACACUGAUAUGCACGAGAAGAUACUUACGGCGGUGGAGGACUGCCGUGCAAUGCUCGAAGACGAGCCGCCAGAGCGGAUGACGGAGUACUGGGGCACUGUAUGGCCGUUCCCCCUUUCGGCCCUACCCAACCACGAAAAUACUAACUCAAGCAGCCCGAAAUUAUAAAGUCAAUGAAGCCUCUGCGCAAGAAGCUGCAAAAAUGCCGCGACCCCGACCGCGCGGAUCUAGUGGCGCUGCAGCGAGCGCGCCGGGAGCAGGCCGCGAAGCCUAAGAAACCAACACCAGCAGAGUCGGCGAUGUUCGGCGAAGACUUGCGGGAUGUGAAGCGGCGCAAAGUGGAUGGCGACGACGUAUUUGGCGGUGCGCUGUAAACUACCUGGGCAAGCAGACAAUGACCACGCAGCGACUUUUCGAGCGCGACAUCUAUGCCCGCCCCAUGCCAAGGCGUCGAUGGAACGUGUCAUGGCGCGUCGGCAAGCGCCUUUAGGCAAAGAAGCGCAUUCGGCCCUUCGCGACGCCCUCACGGCGCUCGGCAGUUGACGGCCCUCCCGCACGGGAGUCUGGGGAGUGUCGCCCAGCGAGGGUAAGAGGACCACCCCAGACGCCACAAGUCGAGCGGGUGGUGCGCGCAGACUCGGCUGCGGCGAUUCCAGGGAUCGCGCGGCCAAACAGACCAGCCUACUAGCAAUACAACACGCGAGUAGGCUCAUCAUUUGUCUCCCGCUACGCAGUGAAGUCGUCGGUCGUUCCUGGUUGACGGACAAACUCGUCCCGCCGCUUGUCUCAGAUCUCGGACGAGCGCCGAAAGUGGCUAAGCGACCGCAAGGCAUCGCGGGGCUCCCCUGCAACAUGACGUCCUCCACUGCAGUAUGAAGCAGCGAGCUUCUCUGCUUCCUGAGGGUCGUGAUAGGGCGGUGGCUGAUGUGCGACGAACUCAUUUGUUUGUUCAAGUAACUCUCAAAGCACGUUGGAAGAUGAUUUACCUAGAGUCCAAAGCCACGACUUGCCACCUCAAGGCGCAAUACGUAUGGCGUUUGGUCCUUCACAGCCGGGCGAUCACAGCGAUCUCAGCUAAGUGUGAGCUAGGGCCCGGUAUUACCACAGAGGUACACCAGCCAGCCGGCUUUUCGACCGGACUUUACCAUUGACGAGAGGAGCUGGCUGUCGUCACACACAUUGCAAACUGAGCGGGGAGUUGCGGCAAGAAUCCUGCAAAAUCCUUGCGCGUCACCCAAUACCCACCAUACGGAUUGAUGUGGCCAGACGAUGGCGUGGUCGCUCACCCCGACGGACGGGCCGAUUGGCGUGUGGAGUGCCGCGCUGUCAGCAUUUAGCUCGCGGCCGGCAAUGACGAUGGCAUCGAUCUGAGAUCCGCGACGUAUAAGUCGUGCGUUGGCGGAUCAACCCCAACAACAGACGCCGACC